AUGCUCAGAAGCUUUGCACACCUUCUCGACCGAAGCUGCUACUUUUUGGACUUCGGAUUGAUGGCUUUUAAGGACAAAUUUGCGAAGAAGGAGUACCCAACUCCAGAUAUGGCCACUAUCCUCAUGGUCACGGCCACCACUGGCACAAAACCACUAAAGCCCUCCUCCUCGAGGGCGAAGCAAGUAAGAACGAGGUUACACCACCUCAACAAAAUCCAGGCAGAGAAAGGAGCAGAGAAAGAGGCUUCUAAGAAGGCAGAGAAGGUUGUCGAUAAGGGCAAGGGAAAAAUGGAGGAGCUUCGGAAGAAGAGGAAACUUGGUCAUACAAGUGGGGCUGCGUCCAACUUUAGGACCACCACGGCUCAUGCUGAAAAGGGAGAGACCCAGCAGUUAAAACUCCUUCAAUCAUCCAUCAAGGCUGGCAUGGUGGAACAAUCUAGGAGAUCCAAUAAGGGGACCAAUAAAGAAAUAUAUGUAGCCUUUGAGGUGCCCAAGAAUGGGCAAGUUGAGAUGACCCCAAGGAAGUCUAGGAAUUUUCUGGCUGGAAGAGAUGACAAGAUUGCCCCAGCCAUUUUAGAAAUGCUGCCCACAAAGGUUUGGGGGUGCCACAGUAAAUUUUAA